GAAUUUGCGAAGUUAUUUUUAUUUACGCUGGUCAAGGAAUUGCUGUAAUACUUGUGCAAAAUGACAUUCCCCAUAGUUGCUGAAUCAUAGAGUGAUAAGGUAGACAUCCCUGUUUGGGCCUUUACCACAGCCAUUGCAAUGUUUGUUUAUACAUGUCUUACUCCUCUUGUGAAGUUGUGUGGUUGCAGGCGGUUCGUUACUCCAAAGGUGCUGAUGCUCUGUGUGUUCACAGUCAUGGGGAAAGCCGAGGGCUCCGUGGCUAGGGAAGAAUGGCAUGGACAUGUUACCGCUCUCUCUGUUGCACCAGAAUUUCGACGGCUGGGUUUGGCUGCUAAACUGAUGGAGCUACUGGAAGAAAUUUCAGAAAAAAAGGGUGGAUUUUUUGUCGAUCUCUUUGUGAGAGUAUCAAAUCAGGUUGCUGUAAAUAUGUAUAAGCAACUAGGCUACAGUGUGUACCGGACAGUGUUAGAGUACUACUCUGCCAGCAGUGGGGAGCCAGAUGAAGAUGCUUAUGAUAUGAGGAAGGCUCUUUCCAGAGAUACAGAGAAGAAAUCAGUUAUACCUCUGCCUCAUCCAGUGAGGCCAGAAGACAUUGAGUAACUGUAAGCUGUGAUUCUCAGGCAACUUACUAAGUGUCAGGUCUGUCCCUCUUAACCUCCAAGAACUUAUGGAUGAGAAAUUUCAGGCUGAAUGUUUUUCCCUUGAAAUACCAAAAAGCAGUGUUGAGAAGCUGACUAACACUGCUUCUAUAGGUAAUGGCUGUAUACUAUCACACUUACUCUAUUAGUUUUCCUUUCAAAUAUUGGAAAUUCAGAGACUAUUAAAAUGGAAUUACCUCCUG